AUGGAAACAGCAGCUCCGUCCCGGGUAUUACGGAGCAAGCGGAAAGUUCCCAAUUCGAUAGAACAGGGGCCAACCCCAACGGCUGCUAAAAAAACACGGAAGGGCCAAGACCAAAGAGCAGAUACGCAAGCCAAAGUCAUAGAGUUGCCGCAUAACUUAGGUACUUUAGCCGUACCUGCACCGAUUGAAGGAUUUCCGAGUUAUGAUACAAAGCCGAUCAGUACGAAUACCAACCAACAGGCAGGAGCAAGCUGGACGAUAGUUGAUGCGCCUCCCCAAGAUUCUGAUCAGGCCUUUUCUUUAGAAAGUCCACAAGAGGAGCUCAUCGCUCGAGAGGUCGGAAUAGCUGUCGAAAUUUCAAACUCGGAGUCGGUCAAAGGGGCCAAAUCGACGACAUUAAAACAGGAAACCGCUUCUAAAACGACAGCCGUCCGGAGGAAACCAAAACCCGCAUUCAAUGAGACUCCUUUCCCAGAUUGGGAAUAUCCCACAGUUGAGCAAUGCGAGGAAGUUUCCCGUCUUCUAUCCUCCAUCCAUGGAGAAGUUAAAGCCCCAGAAACCAUACCGUUACCAUCACUGACUAUAUCCGGAUGCGGAGAAGUGCCCAGCGUGCUCGAUGCCUUGAUUCGCACCCUUCUUAGCGGCGCAACUACCGGUAAUAAUUCCGCUAUGGCUUUUCAAGGUCUUGUUAAAAGAUUCGGUGUUCUCCAAGACGGCGUGGGCAAAGGCAGUGUAGACUGGAACAAGGUGCGACAUGCCCCAGUGGGUGAAAUUCGAGAUGCAAUAAAGAGCGGUGGUCUGGCAGAUAUCAAGAGUAAACAUAUUAAAGAGAUACUUACCAUGGUAUAUGAGGAAAAUAUAGCACGACGAAACGAGCUUCAAACCGAUGGAAAGGCAAAGCACGGUAACCGAGUUGAUCACGCAGAUGAACACAUGCUCUCCCUGGACUAUAUGCAUGCCUUAUCGAAGGACGAAGCGAUGCAGCGGUUUAUCAAAUACCCAGGAAUUGGCGUCAAAACCGCAGCCUGUGUCGUGCUGUUCUGCCUCCGCCGUCCAUGCUUCGCCGUGGACACCCAUGUUUUCCGACUCUCGAAGUGGCUGGGAUGGAUUCCGUCCGAGAAGGUCAAUGAAAUUACUGCGUUCAGGCACCUUGAAGUGCGAGUUCCCGAUCAUCUCAAAUAUUCACUGCAUCAGUUGUUUAUAUUCCACGGAAAGGAGUGUCCGAGGUGCCGAGCAAUGACAGGAGUGUCGAGUGAGGGAUGGGAGAAGGGAUGCGUUAUUGACCACUUGGUGAAACGAACUGGGAAAAGAAAACCCUCUGAGAGCUUGUUUCUGUGUGGUAGUUCGAAAAGUAGCUUCCGGUAUGAUAAAUUUCCGAAAAUCUCACGAGGAGCUUCAAGGGCAGAUCAUCUAGAAAUGGCGUUUGAUGGAGCAGUUAUUGCAAAGCCCCGUUGCGAUGAGAUGGGCACCGCCUGCGUGUGGAUUGCGGGAAGCGACGGUGAGAUUCAGGGCAUAGCAAGCAUGGAGGCCGUCCAGUCGUUCGUUAGUAAAUGCUUGAGCUUGACUCUCGCACAAAUUUUGAGCUCCGGCCUCGUCCUCCUGAGCACCUGGAUCGCCGCGCGAGCUACCUAUAGCUAUACGCUCGCUUGGAGGGAACGUCCGGUCAGCUUCACAGUUCCUCUUCCUCCCGAAGUGUCGCCCGACUGGCAAGGAAAGGCGUGGGACGAAGUUGAUGAUGCGGACAAGGAAAUUCUCGAGUCACAAUCGUUUGGGAAAUUUGAUGAAUCCAAAAUCCUUAGCUACUGUCCCGCCGACGGCCGUUUGCUUGGGGAUGAGAAUGGCGUGAAACCCGCGUCUCCUGAAAAGAUUGACCUCACGGUUCGACGGGCAGUUGUUGCUCAGUUUAAAUGGAAAAGGACGACUUUUGCUGAGAGGAGAAGAGUUUUGAGGACAUUGUUAAAGUAUAUCCUAGAACACCAAGAUGAAAUCGUCACAGCUUGCUGUUUGGAUUCAGGGAAAACUAAAGUCGAUGCUUGUUUUGGCGAAAUCCUUGUUACUGCAGAAAAGCUGAAGUGGACUAUUAACCACGGAGAAAAUUCUCUUCGCACUGAUUCACGGCCUACGAAUUUGUUAAUGAUGUACAAGAAAAACACCGUUCGAUAUGAGCCGCUUGGAGUUAUUACCGCCUGCGUUUCUUGGAAUUAUCCAUUCCACAACUUUAUCUCCCCAGUCAUUAGCGCAAUAUUUGCCGGAAACUCGAUCAUUGUCAAGCCAUCAGAACAUACAGCGUGGUCCUCGACAUUCUUCUACAACCUUAUUCGUGAAGCUAUCGUGAGCUGCGGCUACUCGGAAUACCUUGUGCAAAGUCUCGUCUGUCUACCGCAACACGCCGACGUCUUAACAUCGCAUCCUAAAGUUGACCAUAUCGUUUUCAUUGGGUCCCGCCCCGUUGCACAUGCGGUUUGCAAAUCAGCAGCUAAGUCUCUUACGCCAGUGACUGUCGAAUUAGGAGGGAAAGAUCCCGUAAUUGUCCUGGAUGAUCCUUCUACAUUGAACGACAUCGCGAGUGUCGCAUCGGUUCUCCUGCGAGGCGUCUUCCAAUCCGCGGGCCAAAACUGCGUUGGUGCAGAACGGAUUAUUGCGCUUCCUCGUGCGUAUAACAAGAUCCUUGAAAUUGUCACGCCGCGGAUAAAAGCACUUCGUCUUGGCUCAGUACUCCUAGAUUCAAGGCAAACCAAGCAUGACCCGGAUCACAAACCCGGCACCCCUGACGUUGGUGCUGUCAUCUCCCAGCGAUCCUUUGACCUUUUGGAAGCUCUCAUUUCGGAAGCGGUAGGACAGGGAGCAAAACUCAUAUGUGGUGGAAAGCGACACAACCACCCUAAUUACCCGCGUGGUCAUUACUUCACUCCUACGCUUCUCGCCAAUGUCACUCGAGAGAUGAGAGUUGCGCAAAUGGAACUAUUCGCCCCUGUCUUUUUGCUUAUGCGCGCCACGGAUGUGUAUGAUGCCGUAAGCAUCGCGAACUCCACCGAAUACGCACUCGGAGCAAGUGUCUUUGGGCAUCGCAAACGAGAAGUGGAGUAUUGCGUCUCAAACCUCAACGCUGGCAUGGUGGCUGUUAAUGAUUUUGGUGUCUACUAUGCCGUUGGCCUGCCAUUUGGCGGACUGAAAGGGAGUGGGUAUGGACGAUUUGGUGGGGCGGAAGGAUUGAGAAACUUGAGCAAUCUCAAAGCCGUCUCUGUCGACGGUUGGCCGUUUAUACAGACUAAGAUACCCCCAACUUUGGAUUAUCCGAUUCAAAAAGGUGACAGCGCUAAAAUGGACGGCAGGGGUGCUUGGGAAAUGUGUAAAGGGGUCGUGGAAACGGGGUAUCAUCCAUCAAUCAGUGGUAAAGCCAGGGGCAUACAAAAGAUCCUCAAGAAUAUUUGA